AUGCUAAAGUACCCUUCUAAACUAGCCAUUUCUUGGUUCCUGUUCUCCUUCUUGACAGUAACCAAUCAAUCAUUUUCAGCCAGAACCCUGCAUAAUAAUCCUGCCCUGGCGAACCAUCAUCAUCGUCUCGCACGCCAUGAAGCGUCCUUUUACAUGCUAGAUGUUCUUAGCCAAAAACACCCUUCAUCGAAACCUGCAUCAACAAGAGUAAAUAGUCAUCAACUUCCCUUCUCGAAACCAUUAGGCUUUUUCCCUCCCGUGGGAGGAAUUCCCUUGACCGAUACAAAUCCAAACGGAUUGCAUACUCACACGCUUGAUUUGCAAGGAAUCAGCAUGACGUUCCCAGCUAUAGCCACACUUCAAGAAUUAGAGCUAGGGACAGUGACAACAAUCGAUGAGGACAUAUACGAAGGUUCAAUUUACGGUUCAUAUUUGAUGGGAAAAUCUCAAGGAAUGUAUGUGGCUAGUUCAGAAAACGGUAGUAGUCAUAUGAUGGCGAUGACUACUAGUUUUCUUGGUAACAAGUACGAGGAUAGUUUAAGAUUUUUUGGGGUGCAUAAGGGCGAUGUUUUUGAAUCACAUAUAGCAGUCAUUGGAGGUACCGGAAAGUAUCGUGAUGCAAAUGGCUAUGCUAUAGUCAAGAUUGUCAAUGAAACCUCUAAUAAAAGUGGAGGAUCAUACAAGAUUCUUUCAUUCAAUGUUUAUCUUGGUUAA